AUGGGAUCGUCGUGGUCAAGAAAGAAAACCGUGCAAAGAACGGUAGACAUUGAAACAGAAAAGAAACGAGUCACAACAAAUGAGCGAGGUUCACAAUACAACGUGACAGCUGGAGGGAACGUAUAUUUUUUGGGCAACUCACCCAACUUCUCGACGAGCCCAGAAUUAAAGAAGAGACCAUGUCCGCUGGAAGAACAAUACUCGACGGAUUCACCAGAACAAAAAGUGAGGUUUAAAUUGUUGUAUAAGAGAAGACGAUACGAAGCGAGUGAGGAGAGAGAAAGUGGAGCAGUUCCGGAUUGGCGGAGAAACCCUCGUACAAUGCAGAAUUUCGACGUACUUGGAAUUGGUUUGCCCACCAUCCCAAGUCACACGGGGCUUCUCCUGGAAGAAACGAACUGCCCGGAAACAAAAUACAUGACGAAAGUCAACGUCGGGGGAUUGGAGACGGUAUCUCACUGUUGA